CUGGUUUAGAGAGAAGAUUAAAAUCUUCAGUAGUUAAUGUUGCAGAGAGAGGAUCAAAAACAACGAUUGGAAAGAACACACAGAGGAUUCAGUUAGAUCUGAAGGAGGAGAGAUGGCCUCCAAAAAGAGUUUCUCUGAGAAACAAGACUCAAGGAAAGCUGAGAGACCAAUUCAAGUUGAGAGAUCUGACUCACCUGAACCCAGUUGUGUCUCUUUGAAGAGUGCCUGGUCAAAAGACGAAUUAAUAACCUUCAGAGAGAAAAACAUAUAUACUGAGCUCAGACUGAUUCAGGCGAAUAGAUCUCACUCACCUGAACCCAGCUGUGUGUCCAUGAAGAGUGACUGGUCAAAGGAUGAAUUAAUAACCUUCAGUGAGAAUAACAGUUCCACUGAGCUCAGAGCACAGGAGAGGCCAGAAACUACCAAGAGAAACAUGGAGCUCUUAUUUAAGGAUUUGGAACACAAAGUCGUCUCUCUGGUAAAGAAUCAGCUGAAGAGGUUUGUAAAGCUCCUCAACCUGGAUUACCCAUCAUGCUCUGAGAGAGAGGUGGAGGAUGAGGAGGAUCAGAGUGUCAGAGAGGGGGCACUGAAGAUCACACUGCACGUCCUGAGGAACAUGAACGAGACAGACCUCGCUAACACACUACAGACCAAACUGUCUCCUUCUUGUCAUAAAAAGUUCAAAUCCACAAUGAAAGAAAAAUUUCAUAAAAUUAAUGAAGGAAUCUCGAAUCCUGCAACCUCAACACUUCUGAAAGAGAUCUACACAGAGCUGUACAUCACAAAGGGCGGGAGUGGAGAGGUCAAUAAAGAACAUGAGGUCAGACAGAUUGAAACAGCAUUCAGGAGACCAGCAACACAGGAGACGUCCAUCAAAUGCAACGACAUCUUUAGAGACAAUCCGAUCAGAACUGUGCUGACUAAAGGAGUCGCUGGAAUUGGAAAAACAGUCUCUGUGCAGAAAUUCAUUCUGGACUGGGCUGAAGGAAAAGCCAAUCAGGAUGUUCUCUUCAUAUUUCCACUUCCUUUUAGAGAGCUCAACUUGAUAACGAAGAAGCUCAAUCUGUUGGAUCUUCUUCAUCAGUUUUUUACAGACAUAAAAGAAUUAAAACCCAGAGACUAUGAUCACUACAAAGUCAUGUUCAUCUUUGAUGGUCUGGAUGAAUGUCGACUUCCUCUAGAUUUCCAGAACAAUAGGAACUUAUUUGAUGUAACACAGUCAGCCUCAGUGGAUGUGCUGCUUACAAACCUCAUCAAGGGGAAUCUUCUUCCCUCUGCUCUCCUAUGGAUCACUACUCGACCAGCAGCAGCAAAUCAGAUCCCUCCUGACUGUAUUAAUCUGGUAACAGAGGUACGAGGGUUCAGUGAUGCUCAGAAAGAGGAAUACUUCUGGAAAAGGAUCAGUGAUCAGAGCCUUGCUGAAAGAGUCAUUACAUACAUGAAGUCCUCAAGAAGCCUCUACAUCAUGUGCCACAUCCCAGUCUUCUGCUGGAUUGCAGCCACUGUUCUAGAGAAGAUGUUGGGUGAAGCAGAAAGUGGAGAGAUCCCCAAGACUCUGAUGCAGAUGUUCAUACACUUCCUGAUCUUUCAGAUCAAACACAGCAGCCAAAAGUACCAAAGAAAAAGUGACACUGAUCAUAAACAGACUAGAAAGAUUAUUCUGGCUUUGGGAAAACUGGCUUUCCAACAGCUGGAAAAAGGAAACCUGAUUUUCUAUGAGGAAGACCUGACAGACUGUGACAUUGAUGUCAGAGAAGUGUCGGUGUAUUCAGGAGUGUGUACUCAGAUCUUCAGAGUGGAGUUUGGCCUGCACCUGGGGAAGGUUUUCAGCUUUGUUCAUCUAAGUUUUCAGGAGUUUCUGGCUGCUAUACAUGCAUUUCUUUCCUUCAUCUCCAACAACAAAAAUGUGCUUCUACAGCAAACCACUGGAUUUUCUGGUUCUCUCAAAGAGACAACAAUGUCUGACUUCCUCAAGACUGCAGUGGACAAGGCCUUACAGAGUGAGAAUGGACACCUGGACCUUUUCCUCCGCUUCCUUCUGGGUCUCUCACUGGAGUCCAAUCAGACUCUCUUACGAGGCCUAAUGACACAGACAGGAAACAGCUCUCAGAGCACAGAGGAAAUAGUGAAGUACAUCAAGGAGAAGAUCAGGGAGAAUCCCUCUCCAGAGAAAACAAUCAAUCUUUUCCACUGUCUGAAUGAACUGAAUGAUCAGUCUCUAGUGCAGGAAGUUCAAACAUACCUGAACAGAGGAGGUUCCAGUGGUCUCAGUGGAGCUAAGCUCUCUCCUGCUCAGUGGUCAGCUGUGGCAUUUGUGAUGCUGAAUUCAGAAGAUGAGCUGGAUGAGUUUGACCUGAGGAAAUUUGACCCAUCAGAGGAAUGUCUUCUGCGGCUGAUGCCAGUGGCCAAAGCAUCCAGAAAAGUUGUGCUGUUUGGGUGUGAUCUUACAGAGAAAAGCUGUGCAGUUCUGUCCUCAGUUCUCAGCUCAAACUCUACUAAUCUGAGAGUACUGGACCUAAGUGACAAUAAACUGCAUGAUUCAGGAAUGAAGCUGCUCUCUGCUGGACUGAAGAGUCAAUGCUGUAAACUGGAGACACUGGGGCUAUGUUGGUGUAAACUCACAGAGGCAAGCUGUACAGUUCUGUCUUCCACUCUCAGCUCAAACUCCUCAAGUCUGAGAGAACUGAACUUGAGUUACAAUAAACUGCAGGAUUCAGGAGUGAAGCUGCUCUCUGCUGGACUGAAGAAUCCACACUGUAAACUGGAGAAACUGUGGCUGUGUGACUGUGAACUCACAGAGAAAAGCUGUGCAAUUCUGUCCUCAGCUCUCAGCUUCUCAUGUCUGAAAGAGCUGUAUCUGAGAAACAAUAAACUGGAGGAUUCAGGAGUGAAGUUUCUCUCUGUUGGACUGGGGAAUCCACACUGUAAACUGGAGAAGCUGGAGCUGUCUAACUGCAGUAUUACAGAGGAGGGCUGUGCUGCUCUGGUUUCAGCACUGAAAUCAAACCCCUCACAACUGAGAGAGCUGAUUCUGGACUCCAAUAAACCAGGAGAGUCAGGAGUGAAGAUGCUGUCUGAUCUACUGGUGGAUCCACAUUUUAAACUGGAGAAACUACACAUCAGAAUGGACACCUGACCUGGUUUGAGUCUCUCACACACUGACAGAAUGAAGAACACACACUCACACACAUGUGAACUCUCACUUGCCUACAAAGUCAAAAAGUGGACUAGAUCCUUCUCUCUUUAAGGCAAUGUUCAAAAGUAACACUUCGGCUUGAACCCUCCACCUUUCAAGAUGCAUUGAAGACCAGCAUCAGGGCUUUGGUCUGUCAUGAAACCACCUGGGUGCCAGGACAGAGAAGAGUCUUGAUGCUGGGCUGUCUGAACAGCAGAGCCCCUCACUAACUUCAAAAGCAUCUCCACCACUUACUGAAAUGCAUUGUAUUGUACGUAUCCUAUGAUUAUUUCUAUAUUUGUAUCUUUCUUUCUUUCCAGCACUGGCUUUUGUUUCUGGCAGUGUCUUAGCUCAAGGGUAUUUUGCAGUCAAACUUAUUUGUACUAGCUAGGAUACAUUCUUAGUGGACAGCAAAGCAUUUUUGUAAGUUGCUCUGGAUAAAUGCAUUUGCUAAAUUGCAUGUAAAUUAAUGUA